UCGGGGCUCCAGGACCGGCCCGCUCCAGCCCACCAUGUCGAAGUUAAAAAGCUCCGAGUCCGUCAGGGUGGUGGUUCGCUGUCGGCCCAUGAAUGGCAGAGAGAAGGCCGCUGCCUACGACAAGGUGGUGGAUGUGGAUGUGAAGCUGGGACAGGUGUCUGUGAAGAACCCCAGAGGUGUGGCCCAUGAAAUGCCCAAGACCUUCACCUUUGAUGCAGUCUAUGACUGCAACGCCAAGCAGUUUGAACUCUACGAUGAGACGUUCCGACCUCUCGUGGACUCCGUCCUGCAGGGUUUCAAUGGGACCAUCUUUGCCUACGGACAAACAGGGACGGGGAAAACCUACACGAUGGAAGGAGUGCGUGGCGACCCUGAAAAAAGAGGGGUCAUCCCUAACUCGUUUGACCACAUCUUCACCCACAUUUCUCGAUCCCAGAACCAACAGUACCUGGUCAGGGCUUCCUAUUUAGAGAUCUACCAGGAGGAGAUCCGAGACCUGCUCUCCAAGGAUCAGACUAAGAGGCUUGAGCUCAAGGAGAGGCCUGACACGGGCGUGUACGUGAAAGACCUGUCCUCCUUUGUCACCAAGAGUGUGAAGGAGAUCGAGCACGUGAUGAAUGUGGGGAACCAGAACCGUUCAGUCGGUGCCACCAACAUGAACGAGCACAGUUCCCGCUCUCACGCCAUUUUUGUUAUCACGAUUGAAUGCAGCGAGGUGGGCCUUGACGGUGAAAACCACAUCCGGGUGGGGAAGCUGAACCUUGUGGAUCUCGCUGGCAGUGAGCGGCAAGCCAAGACCGGUGCUCAAGGGGAACGACUGAAGGAAGCUACCAAGAUCAACCUCUCCCUUUCCGCCCUGGGGAAUGUCAUCUCGGCCCUGGUGGAUGGCAAGAGCACACACAUUCCAUACCGGGACUCAAAGCUCACCAGGCUGCUCCAAGAUUCCCUUGGUGGCAACGCUAAGACUGUGAUGGUAGCCAACGUGGGACCUGCCUCUUACAACGUCGAAGAGACGCUGACCACUCUCCGGUAUGCCAAUCGUGCCAAAAACAUUAAGAACAAACCCAGGGUCAACGAGGACCCUAAGGACGCCCUUCUUCGAGAAUUUCAGGAAGAAAUCGCUCGGCUCAAGGCCCAGCUGGAAAAACGAUCUAUUGGCCGAAAGAAGAGGCGGGAGAAGCGGAGGGAAGGUGGUGGCAGUGGUGGGGGUGGGGAAGAGGAGGAGGAGGAGGGCGAAGAGGGUGAGGAGGAAGGGGAUGAUAAGGAUGAUUAUUGGCGGGAACAGCAAGAAAAACUGGAGAUUGAGAAGCGGGCCAUUGUAGAGGAUCACAGCUUGGUUGCGGAGGAGAAGAUGAGGCUGCUGAAGGAGAAGGAGAAGAAGAUGGAGGACCUGCGGCGGGAAAAGGAUGCUGCCGAGAUGCUGGGUGCCAAAAUCAAGGCCAUGGAGAGUAAGCUACUUGUUGGAGGGAAAAAUAUAGUGGACCAUACGAAUGAGCAGCAGAAAAUCCUGGAGCAGAAACGGCAGGAAAUUGCAGAGCAGAAACGUCGAGAAAGAGAGAUCCAGCAACAGAUGGAAAGUCGAGAUGAGGAGACCUUGGAACUGAAGGAGACAUACAGCUCAUUGCAGCAAGAGGUGGACAUCAAGACCAAAAAACUCAAAAAGCUCUUCUCCAAGCUGCAGGCCGUGAAGGCCGAGAUCCAUGACCUCCAAGAGGAGCACAUCAAGGAGCGCCAAGAGCUGGAGCAGACCCAGAAUGAGCUCACCAGGGAGCUGAAACUCAAGCAUCUUAUUAUAGAAAACUUCAUCCCUCUGGAAGAAAAAAGUAAAAUUAUGAAUAGAUCCUUCUUUGAUGAAGAGGAAGAUCAUUGGAAAUUACAUCCUAUCACCAGGCUGGAGAACCAGCAGAUGAUGAAGCGGCCAGCCUCCGCCGUGGGCUACAAGAGGCCAUUGAGCCAGCAUGCCCGAAUGUCCAUGAUGAUUCGCCCUGAGGCCCGGUACCGGGCAGAAAACAUCGUACUGCUAGAGCUGGACAUGCCCAGCCGGACCACCAGGGAUUACGAGGGCCCUGCCAUUGCCCCCAAAGUCCAGGCCGCAUUGGAUGCGGCACUGCAGGAUGAAGAUGAGAUUCAGGUGGAUGCCUCCUCCUUUGAAAGCACUGCAAAUAAGAAAUCCAAGGCCAGGCCCAAAAGUGGAAGGAAGUCGGGGUCUUCCUCGUCUUCCUCAGGAGCACCUGCAUCUCAACUUUAUCCCCAGUCUCGGGGGCUGGUUCCGAAGUAAAGCCAGCUCCUCCUCUCCCGGGGCAUAAACAACAUUUGCCUUCCGAGAGAAGAGACGAGCAAAGCCUGCAGAGAGGACUUGAGCCCAACUCAGAGCCAUCUCCCUGAAGAGAAGCGAUGGCCUCUUUGCAGCUCACCGACCCAGUCUGGUCGCAACAUGCUCGUCCUCCUCUGGCCCCCAGCUCCUCUGGGAAACCUCUUUUACAUAGCAUCUCAGAAACACAGGGGGUCAGGUCAUGUGCGAUGGUGGCAGUGGAGAGCAAGAGAAGAUCAGUGACCUCAGUUCUCUUCUCCCUCCCUGCCUGCCCCGCCUCCCCCUCCUUUCCUAGCCUGCUCUCAGACUGGGCUCCCUUCUUGUUGAAAGGAGGACAAGACCAGGAGUCGCCUUAGCAGGAGCAUGUCUCUGGAACCUCAGGAUUAAACGCCAGUGAGGUUGCAGAUGGAAAGCCCUGGAAUCUGAAUGGGUGCUUGUUCUCUUAGGUAGGAACGAGGAAUCUCAUAUGAAUGAUCCAAGCCCCCAGUGGGCAGAUCCGCCAUCUCGCUUCCACCACCUCCACGAGAAGUGGUGCUGCCUUUGGAUCUACUGUAGCAGGAGAAGUCUUCCUCGGAAGCUGCUAGUUCCUGCUCCCAAAGGAUUGGAGGUCGGCAGCGCCAGAAAGGCCAUUCCCUUCACCUUUGAGGAGGGUUUAGAGGGACAGCAUCGCACCACCUCAGAACCAAGACUGUCCUGUCCAAGACGUCCGUCUGUCAGCCGGUGCCCGGUGCAGGCACCGUGCCUCUCAAGCCU